GCGGGCAUGAAGUGGCUGGUCGAGACAGGUUGAUGCGAGAGAGCUAUUUACUUUCCCUUUGGAGUUGUUCUGCGCAGCGACACUUUAAAGUAUGAGCAAGUUGAACAGCGACUUGUUGGACAAGGCGGUCCAAGACAUCUUGGCCUUCUCGGCGGGUGAGACCAUCACCGUGGGCAAGGAGGAAGUGAAGGGCAAGAAGCGCAACUUCCACGAAACCAUUGAAUUGCAAAUCGCGUUGAAGAACUACGACCCGCAAAAAGACAAGCGUUUCAGCGGCACGUUCAAGCUCCCCACCGUGCCCAAGCCUAACCUCAAGAUCUGCGUGAUCGGUAACGCCGUGCACUGCGAAUUGGCCGAGAAGAACGGGUUCGAGUUCUCGACCGUGGACGACUUGAAGAAGUUCAACAAGAACAAGAAGAUCAUCAAGAAGUACGCCAAGAAGUACGAUGCUUUCUUGGCGUCCGACUCGUUGAUCAAGCAGAUCCCGCGUCUGCUCGGCCCCGCCCUCACCAAGGCCGGCAAGUUCCCGACGUUGUUGUCCGGUAACGAAGACAUCAACGACAAGGCCAACGCCGUGCGCGCCACGAUCAAGUUCCAAAUGAAGAAGGUCAUGUGCUUGAACUUGGCGGUUGCCCACGUCGGCCAAACCAAGGAAGAGAUUGUCGUCAACACCCAACUGGCGGCCAACUUUUUGGCGUCGUUGUUGAAGAAGAACUGGCAAAACAUCAAGGUGCUCUACCUCAAGAGCUCCAUGGGUCCGUCGUUCCAGAUCUACUACUAGGUCGGUUGAUCGUCAUCAUACUGGAUACCAUCACGUGCAAACGUGUAUGGGAGCUGGGUCAGAAUUUUAAAGGAGGGAAAAGCUUUUAAAGUGAAUGGAAAUUGUACCGAUUUCCGACUGCCA